AUGGCGAUGCCAGGCCAUUCACCCGCCUUCAACGGGCCCUCGAGUCCUUCUCGUUCAUUCUCUGGCUACUCCGAACCUCAGCAGCCUCCAGCAAUGUACGGCCAUCCUCGCACCAUGCUACCGCCGUCGCCACAGCAUUACCCUCCUCCACGAUUUUCUCAGCCGCCGUUACCAGCGAACUCUGCUGCCAUUGCCGUCAACAACGGCGCACCGCCUCCCCAUAAGAGGCCGGGGAGUAGCAUGUCGAUCUCGUCGAUGCUGGGCUCGGAACCAGAAAAGCCGGCCCAUGAGCAGUAUCACAACCAUAACCAGCCAUCCAGACAACAUUCAGGGACUCUCUCACAUCCCGGGCCCUCAAUGUCACUGGGCGCAGUCAUGUCACCACCCCAGUAUCCAACGAAACAGGGUGGGGGCCCGACUGAAUACUCGUACAAGCCAAGAUCAAAAACUCCAGACAGAAUGGCUGGACCAGCAUUGGGGGCAAGACCGCAUCGAUCUAGUUCGGGAACCAUGACCCAGCGACCAGGGCCAUUCUAUGAACCUCCUCCACGGUCAGGGCCGAGUCAGUCAAAUAUGAACCCGUACCCCGAACCAAGAUACACCCCCCCCUUUGGUCCAACGGUAAUACCCAAGGAUGAAUUCGAGGACCGCAGCCGUCGCACAAGCCUCGGUGGUAUUCUACAGCGACCGGAAAGUCAGCCCCAACCGAUCAACAUCUCACCACCAUUCCCGCCCACGUCUCAUCCUCCGGCUCGACCAGAGAGUAUACCUCCCUCUCUUCCGCCCAUCGACCGGGGCCCGGGCCAACCAAUGAACGGCCACGAUCCUCCACGUUCGAACGGGCUGACCGGCCCCUAUGACACUCGUCCACCUAGCUUGCCAACUCUGUCUCGUCUUCCACAAACAGGACCUCCACUGCAGCCUGUGUCUGUACCCCAUGAUCGUCCUGCCGCUCAGUCCCUCUCGCCCGACCUGAGACGCACGCAGCUAAAUGGUGGCGAGGGCAGACUGGCCGGAAUCCUCAAUCAACAAGGCGAUCCAAUAUACAGUGCUCCAAACAUGAUGCGACAAGACUCGGUGCAGUCGCUAAGCGAUCGUUCCGUUCUUGGCGAUCGCUUGCGAACUAACCGAGCCUACUCUCCUUUUGCCGGGUCGGUUGCUUCGGGCCCUGUGGAUGAACAAGUCCGUAAAGGCAGUGAAGAACUAUCACAACACAGAGCCAUUCUCGGCCUUGCAAACGAAUCCAAACGUGGACGAUAUUCACCCGUGCCUCAGGCGGUGCAAGGUGCCCAGGCUCAGACUCCAACACCGGAUGCUGGCAUUAAGAACGAACACGGUCGAGUCUUUGCUGGUAUUGGAAGCGGUCUUGGUUCGACUUCCGCUGCCCCGACUCCCACACCGCAGGCUUUGCCGGCAAGUCCGUUCAAGAGGGAUGAAGGGGGUGCUCGCUUGAGUGAAGAGAACCUGAUGAAGAUGUCCCGAAGUAGCUCAGGUAUCAGCAAACGCAACCGAAAGGUUUUGGACGAGGACGUCAGAGCGGAAAGUGACGUGGGCGAGGUGAAGAAGCCGGGGCCAGGACGGGGAAAGAGAAGCAAAUACUCGCAUUCCUACAAGUUGGACCUUGAGGACACUCCAGCGGGACAGCGAAAGAACGGGGGCUUCCCAACAUCAAAUCCUGUUCGACGGGGAGGCACCCCGACUUCCAAUGCUGCGCAACAACUUCACAAUCCACAAAUUCCGCGGUCAUCUUCGCCAGCAGUCCGGCCCACUUUCAGACCCAAGAAGGUCAUCAGAAUCUCCUCGGUUGUCGCACAAGCUCGACUGAACCCACGACGCCACCUUGGCUUCUUCAAAUAUGAACCUGUCAUCGGCGUGCCCGACUUCAACCGAGCGCAGCCGCAGAAAUUUGACGUUUCCAUCCAGCCCAAUCUCCUACCAUCCUUCAAGGACCCAGAUCAGAUCAAUUGCACCUACACAGUGAAGGUGUCGAGUUUAUGGCUUCAACAGAAAGAAAGGAACCUCAUUGGCUGUGAACAAUACCUAUGGGGGUCAGGCAUUUACACCGACGACUCAGACCCUGUGGCAGCUGCCAUGCAUUCAGGGUUUAUCCAGUCUACCCACAUUGAAGAUCCCCUUCUGAACAAGCUCAUUGACGAGCAAAAUCCCCGAAUCGAAGGUCUAUCGGCGCCGGAUACUCCAGCUACCAUACCAGAGGGGAAGGAUCUGCACAUCACUUUGGUUGUACUGCCGCAACUCGAAAGUUAUGCCGACAGUGUCCGCUUUGGUAUCAAAAGUCGCAGUUGGCCUGAACCGAGCGCGGGGACAUCUACAGACCACCCGGCACCGCAUGAUGGGGUGAGCUUUAUGGUUUUGAAGACACAAUUUGUUGACGAUGGCGUGAUGAACCGGCGCCUUGGGCGGACAGGAGAGGAGAGACGCAAGAGAUUGCGCGAGGAGAUGGCGGAUCGCAAGCGUGGAUUCGAACUUAUGAAGGAAAAGAUCGCGAUAGCUCAGGCGAAGGAGAAAGAGAGACUAGCAAAACUGAGUCGUCGCAAAAAGGAGCCGCUAAUCCAGGGUGAAAAGGGCUCUGGGAGGGCAGAAGAGAGGAUUUGGGGCGCUGGCCGUUCACCCGAAGGCGAAGAAAAGGAGAACCACUUGGGCGGUAGCAGCAACACGGAACAGCAAUCGUCCGAUGGAGUAAAGGGAGGCCCGGCUACUUCUACAGAAGAGAUGAUGAAGCUUGAUGGAGUGGGGCAGAGUCCGGACUCGUGGAUCAGGCAGCUUAACGACGUCGCCGCCACUGCUUAG